UUACAGGUUUCAUUUUAGCACUGAAUUCAAAACCUUGUACAUAACCUCAAAAAACACGCAUUUACAAAGUUUAUCCAAGAUGUGUGCACAAAAGACAAUCAAGAAGUCGAAGAAACGCGCAAAUAAGAUCCAUUUAGUGUUUGAUGAGGCAAAAAGAAAAGAGUUCUUAACAGGUUUCCACAAGAGGAAACUUCAAAGAAAGAAAGAAGCCAAGGAAAAGUUCGAACAAGAGCUCAAAGACGAACGCAAACGUCUCAAAGCCGAAGCGAAAGAAUCCUACAAGAAACUUGUCGUAUCUCAUCGACCUAUUCCUGAACUAGAAGACCUCCUUGAGGAUAAAUAUGAAGAUGAGGAUGUGACUGUCAAGGUUGUGGAGUUAUCCACAAAUGAAAUAGCUCAACAAAAUCAUUGGAUUGGUUCAAAUCAACCCAAUUAUGAACCAAGCUCUGAGGAGGAAGAAGAUGAUGAUGAUAAUGAAGAGCAAGCAGAAGAAAUGCCAGGCAUGGAAUUAAAAGCAAAGAAAGUCAAGGCAGAGCCCAAAGAAGAAGUUAAAAAGGUCUUCAACACUGAGAAGGAUAUAAAGAGAACAUUAAAGAAGCAAGCUACUAAAAAUGUGAAGAAGAGUAAAGUAUUUCAGAUGAAAAACAAGAUGGAGAAACAAAAACAGAAGAAAAAAAGUUUAAGACUCAAGAAAGAGAAGCAGAAAAUACUGAAUAAAAGCAGCAAAGGCCUCAAACACAAGAAGAGCAAACACUGAGCUGUGUAUAAUUUAAGUAUCAAGCAUAUUACUAAAUAAAUCUAAUUAUUAGCA